AUGACGGACCUUAUGAAGGAAAUCGACGCACUAAACCGGGUACUGUUCCGCCUGGCGAGUGCAGACGACGAGCGCAUGUUGCAGGUGCUGCAGUCGCUUCUGCCUAAACUUCUCACGCUCUUCCCGCGCUCGCUGACGACGCCGUUGGAGCAGCAGCUCAAGGACAAGAUCUUGCAAGUCGUUUCUCACAUCAAGGCUCGUCUCCAGGCGCUGACUCGCCCCUUACUGCCGCUGGACGCGCUGUGCCAAGUGCUGCAGCGAGAGGAUCUCUCCGUCUUCACGUACAACCUUGCCCUUCUCUUCAUCGAAUUGGGAUUCGAGGCUGCGUCGACGGAGGAGCAGACGAGAGUUUUGGCGACAGUAUUCAAGAAGAUCGCGAGCUUGUCGACUGCAAACCAGGAAUCAUUCUUCAGGCUUUUAGUGCGUGCACUGCCUGUCAGUGCUUCGACUGUAGCUCCGUGUAGGACGAAUGCUGCUGAAGGAGAAGAGCAGGAGGACGAGGUAGGGACAACCAGCGAGCAGGUCUACGAAUGCGACGCCAACAGUGGCGCGAUGCUGGAUUUUAUACUGGACCUGGUACUAUAUGAGCUGCCCUCCUCGACCACUACGGGUGCAAUGACCUAUGGCUUGAUGACGUCGCGAGUGGAGCGAUUGCAACGCGUCAAAGUGACCGAGUUACACCGUGAAGCUCUUUACGAACGUCAGCUGCACGGCCUGAAGCUUGUGAAAGAGAUGGAACUCCCUACAAAACUCAAGAUCCCUGUCUAUGUAGCAGGAAGUGCUUCUUUCCACCACUCGGUGAAGGCAUUUAGUGACGAGCAGCUCUCCCGUGCAAUUAAGUACGAAGAGAAGGAGCUGGAGGACGCAGAUGUGAUGCGCCGACUGAUGGCGUUGGUGCUCGGCAGCCAAGUGGCUCAGAGCUCCCAUACUUUCGAGGCUGUGGAUGCAAUUCUAUUGGCCAAUCGAACACGCUUGGCCGACGCGAGUAUUUUACAGACGCUGACGCUGCUGUCGGCCUCUGAAGCUGCAACGAACGUCCUACCGUUGAUGUUGCAACUGUUGUGCCAGUUAAUGUUUGGCACUGAGCCGUCACGACCACCAAAUGUGGCGAGCAAGAUCAAGCUAGCAACUGUGCGUCUGUGUCAGUGGACUUUCCACCAUUGCCAGCUCCCUGUGCUCGAAGGUUUGCUCGGCCCAGUGCUGCUCCCAACUCUGCUUCGCCUACUAAUGAAUCCACAUGCCGACAGCGAGGCAUCCAGCGCGGAGUUUGUGCGGGAAUUCCGUCAAGGGGUCUAUGAUGCGCUGUCCGUACUUGUAACCCGCACGCCCGCACUGGUCGCUGCAUCGGAACAGGCUUUCCAGGUGCUGCUUGUGCGUUGUCUUGCCGAAGAAGAGCAUCGCACUGGUGCUGGGGCGAACGCUCUAAAGACGUUUACUUCUUUGGCAAGCGCAUAUGCGGCAGCAGCCACACCAGAAGUGAGGAGAACAAUUCACCAAGAGCUGGUCGCGCUACUAAACGGAUCGAAAUUGUUCGAUGGCAGCAAAAACUAUGCUCGCGUUCGAGCUGCGAUUGCUGCGUGGUGUGCUGAGCUGUUGGCAACUUCUGGUUUUGGAGGAAAUGAGGACAUAAUGAUGCGCUUUGCCGUGUUGCGCUUGGGGGCAGCCCCAGACGAAGAGACUCGACGUCUGUCGGAUAAAGCUUUAUUCUCCAAGCCAUUGCCAUCGACGGGGGCAUUGGCAAGAAGCCUGAGAGCUAAUUACCCACAGGAGGAUCUGAAGGCGAGCAUGCGUGAUGCCGGGGCAGCUGAGAGCUGCGCCCGAUUCUGUGUCGAAAUCUUGAAAGCCUCGCGCAACUCCAACAGCCAAGGAGACGCUGACGAUCGGAGAUGUGUGGUGGAGUACCUUGUACAGACGCUUUUGGGGACAGCAGGGUCCCAGUAUUCCACCACAGCGACGCCUGUGUUGGUCUAUGAAACAACAGCAAGCUCUUUGGUCGAAGUGUGUGGGUUUGACGCUGAAAGUGUGGGUGCCGUCUUGGCUGGUCAAGUGAAGGAGCUCUACGAUAUUGUUGUGGUUAGCCAAGAUCGCAUGUUCCUGUCGAACAUUGCGGAAAUUGUAGCAUGUUCCUGCAGAGCUGGAGCGUUCACAAUCAGUCAAAUCGUGACAGACAUUAUCAAGGUUGGCUUGAGUAAGCUCGAAGCAGACAUGUGCUCAGGAAAACAGCUUUCGGGUGCUUUGUAUAUUCUUGGAAGUGCGUUGGGCUACCUUGGACAGGAUUCUGCUCUCGUCAAUGCUGCGUCAAGCGAAGAGAUGCAGCUGGUUCUGUCUUGUUUCCAAAGGGUGGCAGACCUUUUGGAGAGGAAAGUUACGGAAGGAUCAAACUUUGCUUCCUACCCGAGAAGUGAACUUGCUUUAAAUGAGCAUGUAGGGCUCCUACGCAGUGUCAUGGAUGGUACAGGUAUCAGUGGUACCUUACAGUGCUUCAUGCGAGGUUCUGAGGCUGGCGAAUGGAGUCGGCUUAAGGUGAAGACGCUUGGGUGUAUGAGACGAGUGGUUGAGUGGAAGAUAAAGGCUGUCCAUUUUGAUGAUCAACUGAGUCCAAAGUUGGCAGCGUUGAAGCGAAUUGCAAUCGAGAAUCUCGGCCGAGCUGUGUCAGGGUUACCAGGAAUCGCCACCUCGUCUGAGGCAUCAACUGGCCUCGAAGCAAUCUUGAACGUUCUGCUGGAUCUCGGCAAUGAGACGGAUACUGAGCUCCAGUUCGACAUUGGCCAAGUUCUUGUCGCACUCGGAACUCACGAUGCAACUGAAGAGUUCGCAGCUGAUCGCCAGUCCAAGUACGACAACUUCGCAGAAAAUCGCGCAGCCAUCAUUUUUGAGCGCGUUUUGGCCGAUUGUGCUGGAUCUCGACAGCCGAAAGUUCGUCGAAACGCUGCGAUUUGGCUGCUCUGUAUGUGUGCAGCUGGUCUUGGACCGUCAUCGGGAGGUGACGAUGCACUAAUGUCAGCUACGUCGUGGGGAAGCGUGCUUGGAUCCUCCGCCUAUUCAGAGUCAGUACUGGAAGUUCACGAGUUCUUUGUGACGAUGCUGAACGACGCGAACGAAGUCUCAAAGGAAAGCGCAGUGAAGGGACUUGCUUACUUGCGACUCCGUGCACCGACCGACGACAUGGGCGUUCAGUUCAGCGACAGUUUAUUCCUUCGACUACGAUGUUUCCGAGCCUUCGCGUCUACCGCUGAUGCUGCCGAUGACGAUGAAAAUACAGAUAGAGGGAAUGAGUCAGCGAUAGCGCCAGCAACUGCUGCGUCUACGUCUACGUCGUCAUCAAGCUCUACGGUGAAGAAUGCAGCUUAUCGUGAGGUCAGCAAUGUUGCAGCAGACGUUGGUGACCCGGAGCUCAUGUACGCACUGCUUUACUUGAGCACCGCCGACCCAAUAUGGGCGUCAUUGGCGUCAUCGUCUACACCCACUACGUCUCUGCGAUCCUGUAGCUUCUCGUUCGUCGUGACGGACAAAGAAUUCCGCGCUUCCAUCGUAGCCAAAGCUGGCAGUCAAUGGAUGGCCGAAGACUACUCCAACAAAACGAAACUGGUGCCGUGGCUGUACCUGCUCAAGUUUCAUGCAAAUAGCAGAGUGGCUGCGGUCAUGGGCAACUUGUGGGAGUUUGCCAAGGGGAAUCCCGCCACUGUCAGCACAGCAAAAGGAGAAAAAACGUUGCUUCGACAGAACUGGACGCUUCUGUUCCAGUUCGCUUUGGCACGACUGGAGAACGCCCGGAAUUUCAAGUACCGUGAAGCUGCGUGUCUUGCACUUAUUGACCUGCUUAACGGAUCUGAGGCUGAGGACGUACGAGAUGACUUCUUACGACUUUGGAAAACGGCGUCGCGUGCGGUAGACGAUGUCAUGGAGGCGGUUGCUCUCUCUGGGGUAAAGCUCUAUCGCUAUCUCGGCGAACUGAGCUUGCGUGUAGCUGCAAGUGAUGCAUCGUGUCGCUCUCAACUAUUGGAGUUCCUCGUUGAAAAUGGAAUCGUAAGCAAAAACACCAUCUGUCGUGCACUGAGUAUUGACGUAUUGCUACGUCUUGUGAAGACGCUGAAGGCUGUUGACAUGCAAGACCGCUUGGCGCCGCUGCUGUUGAAGCUUCUCGAGUAUUUGUCGUCGCUGGAAAUGCCCGAGUUGCAGUACGCGCAGUUCCACGUGGAAAAGAAGGACCAACUGGAGCGUCUGCGAGUGUCCAUCAGUCAGGCAGGACCUGUCGGUCAAUUGCUGGAGUUGGCGACGACUCGUCUGAAAGAGCUUGCCGACUCUCCAACGUGUGUAGCGGUAGUCUCUGAGCUCGUUCGUGGCGUCUCCAAUCUGCUCAAGUUCGGCGUCGGACUCAACACUCGUGUGGGUACUGCCAAUUUUGUAGUGACAUUAGCAGGUAAACUUCCGUUUGAGCUUCGAAAGUGCAACGGAGCUGAACUGCUGCUGCGUCGUGUGUUUAUCCCGUACGCGGGUGCCAAGACUGCGGCCGAAAACGAUCAAUAUGGAGACGAAGAGAGCAGAUACGGUGCAGGUCAUUCAUCCGAGCAGACUGAUGCGAGUUUGACGGCGACGUCAGGAUUAGCGGAUGGGUUGGUCAUCCAAAGCUACUGUCGAGCUGCUGCGUAUUUGUGUCCCCUGGUGGAUGCUUGUACAGUUCGUGACUACGUGCGCUCGGGCAUCUUCGCUUUCAACAAGGCUGCUAGUGAAGGUUCCAGCCCUUCGCCCUCUCCCCAGAGCCACAGCGACGAAGACGUUGUCAUGGAUGAAGCAGAAGAAACUGUGUCGAAGUCACCCCAGGUUUAUACAAGCCGAUACUUGCUGAUCAGCGCACUAGCAACCAAAGAGCUCGUGAACAAGGUCCCACCUAUCGCCGAUGCAGGCACCGUGGUGACUGACGAUCUGCGCAACACUUGGUACUGCGCGCAUGUGUUCCCUGCAGCAUUUAUCGGGCAGUUUGCUGCUACAGACGCGCUGAAGAACUCAUGGGUGGCCGUGCUGGACGAGUUACCACCCACUGUUUUAUACGCUUCGAGCUCCUUGGACGCUGUUUUGCACUCAAUUACUUUGCUUUUGGCCCAUCCAGCUUGGGAUACGCGACGACAGGCGGCACGUGCAUUGCAGGCGAUUUUUGCGAGCUCAACGUACCGUUCACGACUGGCCAUGGAGCAAGUUGAGCGCAUCUGGCAGGAAUUAAUCGAUGCUGUACCAGGUCGUCUUUGGAGAGGCAAGGGUGUCAUUCUGGAGUCAAUUGUCUCGUUGGUGGCUGUAAAAGGGGAGAGCACUGCUGAUGGCGAGUGGAUGCAGAAGCUGUCCCUACUUCUGAUUGAUGAGUGUGCUCGUGCCUGGAAGAACCAGGAUAUCGCUUACCUCGAGAGUGCCAUCGUGAACCUGGGGAGGUUUUCGGCGUUGUUACCAGCCGAGCAGAGUCAAUUGCGUGGUUCCAAUGUGCGAUCGCUGAGAGGCGCAUUUGCUGAGUGGAUGAUUGGGAACGAAGCGGAUUCAUCCAAGUCAACAAAGCCGUCGUUGCCUCCGUUACUGAUCAAAUGCGUUUUCGAGGCGCUUGGACUUAUGUGGCCAGCAGCACGAUCGAGCACGAACGACAGAAGUGCUGAGACCACAGUGGAGACCAUGCUGUGGCUGUGUACUAGUGUGGAAUCGCCUCAUUUGGCCGCCUGGAGUGUUCGCAAAGCCAUUUUUCAGGCAUUGACUGCAGUUGCGGAGCGUGCACCGGCGGAGGCGCUUCUCAACGACAAAAAUGCACUGGAGCGUGUGGUUGAUACUUGCUGUGGGUCGUUUGGUGUGGCUGAUGGCAAGUAUUCGAUGGUGCGUGUAGCUGCGGCUGGAGCGCUUACGGCGUUGCUCGAACGAGCACAGAGUGACUCGGACGUGGCUCUGCGGCUAGUUGUGCAGCGGGAACGCGUGCUAACUGCAGUGCAGACACUGCUACGUAGCGACGAAGCGUCGGAACAGCAAGCGGCCUUCAAUUUGAAGUCACAACUAAUGCAGGUACCGUAGAUUCGACCAUCUACCGAUAUAUUAUACGCUAACCG